GCAUAUAUACUUUCAUCUCUGUUCAUAUAUAUAUAUAUAUAUAGUACAAAUUGAAACAUUUCAAAAAAGAAAAAAAAAGAACCGUAUGGGAUGCCUUUGCACGAAGCAGCGAAUUAAACAUAAAGACCCAACUGUUCUUGCUUCUCCGACGUAUUUCACUGAAUCUCAAGUUGAAGCUUUAUAUAAGCUAUUCAAGAAACUAAGCAGUUCUUUAGAAGAUGAUGAGUUCAUUAGCAAAGAAGAAUUUCAGCUUGGCUUGUUCAGGAACAGCAAGAAGCAAAGUCUCUUUUCAGAUAGGAUAUUCCAGUUGUUUGACUCCAAGCAAGAUGGAGUAAUAGAAUUCGAGGAGUUCAUUCGAUCUCUGUCUAUCUUCCACCCAGAAGCACCUCAAGCAGAGAAAGUUUCUUUUGCAUUUCAACUAUACGAUAUAAGGCAAACAGGCUUCAUUGAACACCAAGAGGUGAAGAAGCUGAUCAUGGCACUUCUGGAAGAAUCAGAUUUGAUUCUGUCGGACGACAUUAUUGAAGGCAUCAUCGAUAAGACAUUUGAGGAUGCUGAUACAAAAAGAGAUGGCAAAAUUGAUUUAGAAGAGUGGGAGCAAUUCGUGACUCGUAAUCCAUCCUUGAUCAAGUAUAUGACCAUUCCAUAUUUGAGGGACAUCAUAACUGCAUUUCCCAGCUUUGAAUCGACAAAAGAUACAGAAGAAGAUACCAUCAAAUAAUAUAUAUAUAAUAUUAUAUAUAUAAUUAUGUAUAUUUGCUAUUGUAUAGCACAUUAUUAUAUCCGGUUAUGAAGCAAAAUAAUACCGAUAAGUUAGCUUUUA